CCCUCCCAACCCAACUUAACCCAAGUCACAAAUAAAAUAACCCCGGGAAGAAAAACACCAAAACGCUGUAAAAUCCACCACCGGAGAUCGAGAAACUUCUCAAAUCAUACAUUCUUCAUCAUCACCAUCAUCAUCAAAUCAUCUUUAAAACAAUCACCACCGUUCGUAGCCGUCGAUUCGAUCUAAAUAACUUUCAUUACAUUUCAAACCCCCAAUUUUUAUUUCCGAUUAAUUCUGAUUGGCAGCUCUCAAUUUUCCGAUUUCUAGGGUUUCCGUUUGAGCAUUGAAGAUAUAAUAAGAGAAUGGCUGGAUAUGAUUUAGAUGAAUAUGAAGAUUAUUAUGAGGAUGAAGGCGGUGAGUAUGAAGAGGACGGCGAAGAGUAUGAAGAAGUAGACGAGGAAGAGGAGCAUUUGCCGACGCAGGAAGAGUUGGAGUAUCUUGAAUUAAGGCAAAAGUUGAAAGAUGAAUAUAGAAAGCAAUCAAAGAAGGAACAUGGUUCUGGGAUUACCAAUUCACAAGAGAAAAAGCCUAAAUUGCCAUAUCAAAAAUUUGGAUCCUUUUUUGGUCCAUCACAACCAGUUAUUGCUCCAAGAGUAAUUCAAGAAUGCAAGUCGUUGUUGGAGAAUCCACGUUUGGCGGAAAGUAUCUUGAAAUCCAAGAAUGGUCAGAUCAAGGGUGGCUCUGUAACUCCAGGAGUAUCAAAGCCUCGACCUAAUGGCAACCAUCAGCCCAGUAAAAUAGACAGUAUGGCAAAACCCAAAGCAAAAAUCCAGAUGCUUAAGAAUACAAGGGAUUACUCUUUUUUAUUGUCCGAUGAUGCUGAGCUUCCAAUUCCUCCAAAGAAUCCUCCUAAAUGCGUGCCUGCUAGAAAAUCAGCUGAAGAGGUGCGUUCACAAAGACACCCGGACAAUAUUGGUAGAAACAUCAUUAAUGGCCGUGAAGAAAGGAAACCCGUGGUUACAUCCAGUGAAAUGCGACUGAAAGCAGGUCAACAAGUUCAAAGACCAAGUACCGCCAGUAAGUUACCUGCAACAUCACAAGAUUCUAGAAAACAAGUCGGUAGAAAUGAAGGAAGUGGUCCAGGCCGGCCUUUGGCAUCACAUGACAAUAGAAAACAAGUUGGUAGAAAUGAAGGAAGUGGCCCGGGCCGGCCUCUGGCAUCACACGAUUCUAGAAAACAAGUCGGUAGAAAUGAAGGAAGUGGUCUGGGACGGCCUUUGGCAUCACACGAUUCUAGAAAACAAGUCAGUAGAAAUGAAGGAAGUGGUCCAGGACAACCUUUAACAUCACAAGAUUCUAGAAAACAAGUCGGUAGAAAUGCAGGAAAUGUUUUGAGCCGACCUUCAGGACAGAAGACAGUACCCUCUAAGACAACGGUGGUCAACAGGCAAAAGGUGAUGGCGUCAUCUGUUGGUAGAGGUUCCAUACCUACUGGCCACAUACCUCGUACCUCCAGACCAUUACCAGCUACUCUCAAGAAACCCUUGGAUCAUAGGGAUGAAAGGGGACCUAGCAAUGGAAAUAUGAGUAGAAAGCCCGUGGAGAUGUCUAGAUCUCAGAUUAAGCAACAACCAACUAGACCACCAUCUAAUGGACAGCUAAAGGAACGACAACAGAAAAGACCAGCCCGGCCAUUUGAUGACGAUGAUGAUGUGGAUCCCAAUGAUCCCAUCGGUUCGAUCAGAAAAAUGAUGGGAUAUAAUCCCAACAAGUACCGAGGUAUCAAGGAUGAUACUAAAGACAUGGUGGUCGAUUUUGAUCAAAUUCUUCGGGAAGAGAAACGCAGUGAAAGGAUUGGUCGCAAGGAAGACGAAGAAGAGGCUAGGAAAUUAGAAGAAGAAGACAGAAGGAGGAUGGCGGCCAAGAAACGGAAGCUUAACCAUUAAUGAUGAUUAAACACCUACUGUAUUUGGCCCUAAGCUUCCUGUUAAGCGUUUGGUGGACCCAAAUUGGUCCCAUGUUUUAUUCAAAGAUAUCAUGAAUUUAACCCUUUUAAUGUGCAACAGAUGCGACUGGGUUUUGAUUUCUUUCAACAACCAUGACUUAAGCUUUUUGUGAUUUUUUUCCCCCAAACCCAUACUCAGCUGGUUAAAAUUAUGCAAUGAUAGCAAUGUUUGUUGGGCUUUUUGUAAUUUA